CGAUAAUUUUUUCGGGCAGUCCAUUCGCCACCAUCGGAAGCAAGAGAGCCCCGGUAGGGACAACCGUCGUGAAGUGCUUCAGGAGGAUUCCUGUUCCUGUUCGGUUACGGGUCGGUUGAAGUGCAUGGAGCAGCUGGAGUUUUUUAAUUCAAAAUUUGCUACACAGUGUUCCGCUUCCGCAGCUGCUGCAGUUUGAUUCAUAAAAAAAAAAUCUUGAAGAAUAAGCUGCCAGGGAUUCUGCAUCCUGGAAGAAAGUGUCUAUGUGUGAAUAGGGGAUUUUGUGUGUGUGCCGUACAACUUCUUCGCAUUACUGAUGGUCGGAAUCGACUUGGAAAAGGUGCGAGGAGAAAGGAAGAAAAAAUCGCCAAUCAAUAACGGCGAAGAGUGAAGAAAAAGUUACCCGUUCGAUGUGCGGAGCUCCCCUUUCUGGAGCGUGAGAGUGAUUUAGUGUGUUGCAAAUUUUACUAGAGAAAAAGUUGAAUUUGAGUUUCGGAGAAAAAAAUCUUAAUCAGUGCUUGUGUGAAGUGCUAAGGGGAAAAAAAAACCUGAUUGGCAUUUAGGAUAUAGUAUGGCCACCACCGGACCGGGUGUCACAACUCGAAACGGCAUCAGGGAUGCGAAUGGGCCCCGAGUGGUGACGAUCCACAAGACGGAAACGGGCUUCGGAUUCAAUGUCCGCGGCCAGGUUAGCGAGGGUGGCCAGCUGCGGUCGAUCAAUGGUGAGCUGUACGCUCCGCUGCAGCACGUCAGUGCCGUAUUGGAUAAUGGAGCGGCCGAGCUGGCCGGUAUCAAGAAGGGUGACCGAAUUCUGGAAGUAAAUCACGUCAACGUCGAGGGUGCGACUCACAAACAGGUGGUUGAUCUCAUCAAAUCUGGAGGAGAUACGUUAACAUUGACGGUGAUAUCGGUGACUCAACAGGAAGCCGAACGUCUUGAACCAACGGAUGAUCCCGGUGGAUACUCUUACAUCGACUACUCGGAAAAACGCAGCCUACCGAUCAGCAUUCCCGACUACAACAUCAUACACCGGGGUAACGAGCGCUUUGUUGUGUUCAACAUUCACAUGGCAGGGCGGCAGUUGUGCUCCCGCCGGUAUCGAGAGUUUUCCAACCUACACCAAGUUCUCAAGAAGGAAUUCACCGGCUUCAAUUUUCCCAAGCUGCCCGGCAAGUGGCCUUUCCAGCUGAGCGAACAGCAACUGGACGCUCGGCGGCGUGGCUUGGAGCAGUAUCUGGAAAAAGUAUGUGCCGUACGGGUGAUUGCCGAAAGCGAUGCGGUGCAGGAGUUUCUCACCGAUUCGGAGGACGACAUCGCGGCCUCCCCGGUGGACAUCAAGAUUAUGUUACCGGACCACAGUGUUGUGACCGUAUCGGUACGCAAAUCGGCCAACGCACAGCUGGUCUGGGAACAAUUGGUACAACGAGCGAGUUUGACCUCGUACACACAGCAAUAUUUUUACCUGUUUGAGAUUGUCGAGUAUAACUUCGAGCGGAAGCUGCAACCGCACGAGAUUCCCCAUCAGCUGUACGUGCAGAACUACAGUACGGCCUCGAGCACCUGCCUGUGCGUGCGCCGGUGGCUGUUUUCGAUCGAGCGGGAAAUGACGCUGCCCACCGGGGAGCAAGCUGCCAAGUACAUUUUCUACCAGGCCGUGGACGAAGUGAACCGGGGUAACAUCCGCGCCGACGGGCGCCUGUACGAGCUCAAAGCCCUACAGGAUUCGAAGAAAGCGGACGAGUAUCUCUCGCUGGCGCGGACCCUUCCCGGCUACGGUGACCUAGUGUUUCCACAUUGCGCUUGCGACAGUCGCAAGGAAGGCCAUGUCGUGCCGGCUGUUGGUAUGAAAAGCUUCCGGUUGCACGCUUGCCGCGAGGACGGUGCCCUCGAAGCACAGACCGUCGAACUGCAGUGGAACACGAUUUCGCGCUGGGAGAGCGACGAAGAAUCGAUGGCAUUCUGCUUCCAGUACAGUAGAUCUGACAAACCACCACGAUGGGUGAAGGUAUUCACGCCAUAUCAUGCGUUCCUGGCCGAUUGUUUUGAUAGGAUAAUGGAAGAACGAUCCUGGGAUGACACCGGGGAGUAAUCUACUUGACAGGUGGUAUCCAAUUGUGUAGCUCCACCAGACAAACCGAUGAAUGGAGCGCAAUAGUAUAGCAAUUAGACAAAUUAUAUCUCUUAAUAUAAUUUAUUUGUAAAAUGAUGAGAAGGUCCUCUAGACAAAACGAGAACAAUUCAGUAACAUCGUGCAGGACGUAAAAAAUGGUGAAUAAAAACUGGCGGCAUUUUCUGUUACACUAAGAUUGAUUUAAUGCUAUCUGAAUUGGAUGUCAAGAGCACAGAUUACGUUUUUUUGCCAAAACUUUUUCAGAAAAAGUAAAGUUAUCAAGUGUCCGAAUGGUUUUGCCAAUUAACUAACACAUAUUAUUUUAAAAUAUUUGCGUCCCAACGAGGAAAGUAUAUGUGAUUUUAUCAAUCAAAAAGUAUCCAUAUUAGUUCAUUUUUAGUUAAGAUUCAUGUGAUUAUUAGUUCGUGUAAGAUAAUCGAAAUUUUACUAAGAUAAGUUUGUAAUCUAUGCAAAAUUGUCCAUCCGGUUGUAGAGUAGAUGGUACUUAUUUUAGUCCAGUUAUACCCACCCAUCGACAUAUUUGUUUUUAUUCUACUACUAACAACUGCUCAAGUUGCAGUCUGCCGCUAAAAAAAAAGUAUUGAAGCUUAAUCUAUCAACAGUAGCUUAAACUCACGGAAAACGGUGAAUGUUUGUUGAAGUAACAAUCAAAUCAUUUCCUCUUCAACACGAUUUGGAAGGCAUUUUCUUCUGUUAGGUCUUGGGACCCGAACCGUGUUUAGAUAUAGUAAGCACUCUCGAUCGCAUUUAUCUAAUAUUUUAGAAAAAGAUAAUCUCGAAGGAGACAAUGGGCUGAUUGUUACUUUCGAACCCGAACUCAUCUCUAUCGCAAACGGUUGUUCGAUCAAUUUAAUUAGAACUCCAUACAUUUCUUCGCAUUAUUUUACUACAACAUUCCAUCUUUUGCAAAACUGUAGAGCAGUCUCGUUUUGUUUCUUUCCUUUGGUCAAAGCUCAUUGGAUGCUGUUUGAUCCAAAGUUGCCGAGAUUCUAACCUCACCGACUAGCGCGAAUCAACCUAUUUCGUAGCUUUAACAUACAAAUUAGUAACUCCAAACAAAGUGGUAGUUUUCGGUGUAGCAACAUGUGUAAAUUAGGCGCAUAAAUAUCAAUACGAACAAGCUUUAAGCAGUUGAAUCUUUUCCGAUUUGAUGAGUAGACAUCAGAUGAUUGUGAUUUCAAUUGUUUUACUUAAACCAGGCCAUCGUUUGUUCUGAAAA